AUGGGUAUUGAAAAGAAUCAUCUUCAUGUCAUACAAAAACCUUCGCCUUCAUUCUUAGUACCUUCAAAGAAUUCACCAAGCAAAUUUCUACUAAUAAUAUCAACGUCAAUUCUGUUCCUCGUACUAAUCUGUAUUACACGUCAUAAUCAUACCGAAACAUUCAAUAACCCAUUUUACAUCGCAUCAAACGAUAACAAAACGAUACGAUCCGUAGGAUAUUUUCCCUUGGGAACUGGAAGGCUUUCGAUAAGUUAUCCGGUGACCGGAUCGAUCCGUCUAUACCACAAAAAAGGAUCACCAUCUUCACAAGAAGCAAAUUUAGAAUCAUCGUAUGACACGAUAUUCCUGAUGGGAUAUUUAAAAGGAGUCGAGAAAUUCGAAAACGAUUAUAGUUUUCUAAUGGUCAAAGGAAAUGGGUGCCAAGAUUGGCAAGAGACAAUCUAUGAUUUAACCGCUGAUAUUACUUUUAUAUCAGAUCAGAAUGGCGGCGAUGGUGAUGGAUUAAAUAUUCUCAAAGCGACUACAAUGGCAAAGUUUAAUGGGGCAAAUGGAGAGACAGAAAAAUUGACAGUAGGCAAUUUCUUUGUGGUGUUAAAGAACACUUAUCAGAUUGGAUGUGGGGCAAUUGAAAGACUUUAA